ACUGUUAGUACAGCUGAAACAUCUUCAACAACAUCCUUGGUAACCACAACUAAUGCCGCAGAAACAUCCACCACUAAUGGAGUUGGUACCACAACAGCACCACAAUCAACAGGGUCUACCUUUUCAUCAACUGCUCCCUCUUCAACUCCAUUUGGAAGUUCAACUAUUAGUACAGCUGAAACAUCUUCAACAUCAUCCUUGGUAACCACAACUAAUACCGCUGGAACAUCCACCACUAAUGGAGUUGGUACCACAACAGCACCACAAUCAACAGGGUCUACCUUUUCAUCAACUGCUCCCUCUUCAACUCCAUUUGGAAGUUCAACUAUUAGUACAGCUGAAACAUCUUCAACAUCAUCCUUGGUAACCACAACUAAUGCCGCUGAAACAUCCACCACUAAUGGAGUUGGUCCCACAACAGCAUCACAAUCAACAGGGUCUACCUUUUCAUCAACUGCUCCCUCUUCAACUCCAUUUGGAAGUUCAACUAUUAGUACAGCUGAAACAUCUUCAACAUCAUCCUUGGUAACCACAACUAAUACCGCUGGAACAUCCACCACUAAUGGAGUUGGUACCACAACAGCGCCACAAUCAACAGGGUCUACUUUUUCAUCAACUGCUCCCUCUUCAACUCCAUUUGGAAGUUCAACUGUUAAUACAGCUGAAACAUCUUCAACAUCAUCCUUGGUACCCACAACUAAUGCAGCUGAAACAUCCACCACUAAUGGAGAUACCACAACCACACCACAAUCAACAAUGUCUAGUUUUCCAUCAACUGCUCCGUCGUCAACUCCCAUUGAAAGGUCAGCUGUUACUACAGCUGUAACAUCUACAACACCCUCUUCAGUAACCACAACAUAUGCCACUGGAAUAUCCACCACUAAUAGAGUUGAUACCAAAACAGCUCCACACUCAACAGAGUCUACCUUUUCACCAACUGCUCCCUCUUCAACUCACUUUAAAAGUUCAACUGUUAGUACAGCUGAAACAUCUUCAACAACAUCCUUGGUAACCACAACUAAUGCCGCUGAAACAUCCACCACUAAUGGAGUUGGUACCACAACAGCACCACAAUCAACAGGGUCUACCUUUUCAUCAACUGCCCCCUCGUCAACUCCCAUUGAAAGUUCAGCUGUUACUACAGCUGUAACAUCUACAACACCCUCUUCAGUAACAACAACUUAUGCCACUGGAACAUCCACCACUUAUGUAGUUGAUACCACAACAGCACCACACUCAACAGUGUCUACCUUUUCAUCAACUGCUCCCUCUUCAACUCCAUUUGGAAGUUCAACUAUUAGUACAGCUGAAACAUCUUCAACAUCAUCCUUGGUAACCACAACUAAUACCGCUGGAAAAUCCACCACUAAUGGAGUUGAUACCACAACAUCACCACAAUCAACAGUGUCUGGCUUUCCAUCAACUGCUCCCUCGUCAACUCCCAUUGGAAGAUCAACUGUUACACCAGCUUUAACAUCUAAAACAUCCUCUUCAGUAACCACAACGUAUGCCGCUGAAACAUCCACCACUAAUGGAGUUGAUACCACAACAGCGCCACAAUCAACAGGGUCUACUUUUUCAUCAACUGCUCCCUCUUCAACUCACUUUAAAAGUUCAACUGUUAAUACAGCUGAAACAUCUUCAACAUCAUCCUUGGUACCCACAACUAAUGCAGCUGAAACAUCCACCACUAAUGGAGAUACCACAACAACACCACAAUCAACAAUGUCUAGUUUUCCAUCAACUGCUCCGUCGUCAACUCCCAUUGAAAGGUCAGCUGUUACUACAGCUGUAACAUCUACAACACCCUCUUCAGUAACCACAACAUAUGCCACUGGAAUAUCCACCACUAAUAGAGUUGAUACCAAAACAGCUCCACACUCAACAGAGUCUACCUUUUCACCAACUGCUCCCUCUUCAACUCACUUUAAAAGUUCAACUGUUAGUACAGCUGAAACAUCUUCAACAACAUCCUUGGUAACCACAACUAAUGCCGCUGAAACAUCCACCACUAAUGGAGUUGGUACCACAACAGCACCACAAUCAACAGGGUCUACCUUUUCAUCAACUGCCCCCUCGUCAACUCCCAUUGAAAGUUCAGCUGUUACUACAGCUGUAACAUCUACAACACCCUCUUCAGUAACAACAACUUAUGCCACUGGAACAUCCACCACUUAUGUAGUUGAUACCACAACAGCACCACACUCAACAGUGUCUACCUUUUCAUCAACUGCUCCCUCUUCAACUCCAUUUGGAAGUUCAACUAUUAGUACAGCUGAAACAUCUUCAACAUCAUCCUUGGUAACCACAACUAAUACCGCUGGAAAAUCCACCACUAAUGGAGUUGAUACCACAACAUCACCACAAUCAACAGUGUCUGGCUUUCCAUCAACUGCUCCCUCGUCAACUCCCAUUGGAAGAUCAACUGUUACACCAGCUUUAACAUCUAAAACAUCCUCUUCAGUAACCACAACGUAUGCCGCUGAAACAUCCACCACUAAUGGAGUUGGUACCACAACAGCGCCACAAUCAACAGGGUCUACCUUUUCAUCAACUGCUCCCUCUUCAACUCACUUUAAAAGUUCAACUGUUAGUACAGCUGAAACAUCCUCAACAUCAUCCUUGGUAACCACAACUAAUGCAGCUGGAACAUCCACCACUAAUGGAGUUGAUACCACAACAUCAACACAAUCAACAGUGUCUAGCUUUCCAUCAACUGCUCCCUCGUCAACUCCCAUUGGAAGUUCAACUGUUACAACAGCUUUAACAUCUAAAACAUCCUCUUCAGUAACCACAACUUAUGCCACUGGAACAUCCACCACUAAUGGAGUUGAUACCACAACAGCACCACACUUAACAGGGUUUACCAUUGCAUCAACUGCUCCAUCUUCAACUGUAACUGAAAGUUCAACUGUUACUACAGCUGUAACAUUUACAAGACCCUCUUCAGUAACCACAACUUAUGCCACUGGAACAUUUACCACUAAUGUAGUUGAUACCACAACAGUGCCACACUUAACAGGGUCUACCUUUUCAUCAACUGCUCCCUCUUCAACUCACUUUAAAAGUUCAACUGUUAGUACAGCUGAAACAUCUUCAAAAUCAUCCUUGGUGACCACAACUAAUGCCGCUGAAACAUCCACCACUAAUGGAGUUGGUACCACAACAGCACCACACUCAACAGGGUCUACCUUUUCAUCAACUGCUCCCUCUUCAACUCCCAUUGAAAGUUCAGCUGUUACUACAGCUGUAACAUCUACAACACCCUCUUCAGUAACCACAACUUAUGCCACUGGAACAUCCACCACUAAUGUAGUUGCUACCACAACAUCACCACAAUCAACAGUGUCUAGUUUUCCAUCAACUGCUCCCUUGUCAACUCCCAUUGAAAGUUCAGCUGUUACUACAGCUGUAACAUCUACAACACCCUCUUCAGUAACCACAACUUAUGCCACUGGAACAUCCACCACUAAUGUAGUUGAUACCACAACAGCACCACACUCAACAGUGUCUACCUUUUCAUCCACUGCUCCCUCUUCAACUCCAUUUGGAAGUUCAACUAUUAGUACAGCUGAAACAACUUCAACAUCAUCCUUGGUAACCACAACCAAUGCCGCUGGAACAUACACCACUAAUGGAGUUGAUACUACAACAGCACCACACUCAACAGAGUCUACCUUUUCAUCAACUGCUCCCUCUUCAACUCCCUUUGGAAGAUCAACUGUUACUACAGCUGUAACAUCUACAACACCCUCUUCAGUAACCACAACCUAUGCCACUGGAACAUCCACCACUAAUGUAGUUGAUACCACAACAGCACCACACUCAACAGUGUCUACCUUUUCAUCAACUGCUCCCUCUUCAACUCCAUUUGGAAGUUCUACUGUUAGUACAGCUGAAACAACUUCAACAUCAUCCUUGGUAACCACAACCAAUGCAGCUGGAACAUCCACCACUAAUGGAGUUGAUACCACAACAGCACCAUACUCAACAGGGUCUACCUUUUCAUCAACUGCUCCCUCUUCAACUCUCUUUGGAAGAACAACUGUUACUACAGCUGUAACAUCUAAAACACCCUCUUCAGUAACCACAACUAAUGCCGCUGGAACAUCCACCACUAAUGGAGUUGAUACCACAACAGCGGCACAAUCAACAAUGUCUACCUUUGCAUCAACGGCUCCCUCUUCAACAACCUUUGGGAGUACAGCUGAAAUAUCUACAACACCAUCCACAAUAACUACAACUUAUGCCACUGGAACAUCCACCAUUAAUGGAGUUGAUUCCACAACAGUGCCACACUUAACAGGGUCUACUUUUUCAUCUACUGCUCCCUCUUCAACUGGAUUUGAAAGUUCAACUUUUAGGACAGCUGGAACAUCUACAACACCACCUUCAAUAACCACAACAUAUUCCACUGGAACAUCCACCACUAAUGGAGUUGAUACCAAAACAGCGGCACAAUCAACAGUGUCUUCCUUUGCAUCAACUUCUCCCUCUUUAACUACCUUUGGUAGUACACCUAAAACAUCUACAACCCCAUCCAUAAUAACCACAACUAAUGCCGCUGGAAUAUCCACAGCUAAUGGAGUUGAUACCACAACAGCACCAAACUUAACAGGGCAUACCUUUUCAUCAAUUGCUCCCUCUUCAACUUUAUUUGAAAGUUCAACUGUUACUACAGCUGAAACAUCUACAACACCUUCUUCAGCAGCCACAACUUAUGCCACUGGAACAUCCACCACUAAUGGAGUUGAUACCACAACAGUGCCACACUUAACAGGGAAUACCUUUUCAUCAACUGCUCCCUCUUCAACUGGAUUUGAAAGUUCAACUUUUACUAUACCUCCAACAUCUACAACAGCAUCUUCAAUCACCACAACCAUUGCUGGUGAAACUUCCACCAGUAAAACAGCUGCUACCACCAUAGCACCACAAUCAACAUCGUCUACCUUGACUUCAAUUGCCCCCUCUUCAACUCCCUUUGAAAGUUCAACUGUUACAACAGCUGUAACAUCUACAACACCCUCUUCAGUAACCACAACUUAUGCCACUGGAACAUCCACCACUAAUGUAGUUGAUACCACAACAGCGCCACAAUCAACAGGGUCUACCUUUUCAUCAACUGCUCCCUCUUCAACUCACUUUAAAAGUUCAACUGUUAGUUCAGCUGAAACAUCUUCAACAUCAUCCUUGGUAACCACAACUAAUGCAGCUGAAACAUCCACCACUAAUGGAGUUGAUACCACAACAGAACCACACUCAACAGAGUCUACCUUUUCAUCAACUGCUCCGUCUUCAACUCUCUUUGAAAGUUCAACUGUUACUACAACUGUAACAUCUAUAACACCCUCUGCAGUAACCACAACUUACGCCACUGGAACAUCUACCACUAAUGGAGUUGAUACCACAACAGUGCCACACGUAACAGGGUCUACCUUUUCAUCAACUGCUCCCUCUUCAACUGGAUUUGAAAGUUCAACUUUUACUAUAGCUGCAACAUCUACAACAGCAUCUUCAAUAACCACAGCAUAUGCCACUGGAACAUCCACCACUAAUGGAGUUGAUACCACAACAGCACCACACUCAACAGAGUCUAUCUUUUUAUCAACUGAUCCCUCUUCAACUGGAUUUAAAAGUUCAACUUUAAGUACAGCUGCAACAUCUAAAACACCAUCCUCAAUAACCACAACAAAUGCAACUGGAACAUCCACCACUAAUGGAGAUACCACAACAGCACCACAAUUAACAGUGUCUACCUUUGCAUCAACUGCUCCCUCUUCAACAGCCUUUGAAAGUUCAACUCUAAGUACAGCUGCAACAUUUUCAACAUCAUCCUCAAUUACCCCAACCAUUGCUGGUGAAACUUCCACCAGUAAAACAACUGCUACCACCAUAGCACCACAAUCAACAGUGUCUACCUUGACUUCAAUUGCCCCCUCUUCAACUCCCUUUGAAAGUUCAAAUGUUACAACAGCUUUAACAUCUACAACACCCUCUUCAGUAACCACAACUUAUGCCACUGGAACAUCCAUCACUAAUGGAGUUGAUACCACAACAGAACCACACUCAACAGAGUCUACCUUUGCAUCAUCUGCUCCAUUUUCAACUCAAUUAAAAAUUUCAACAGUUAGUUCAGCUGUAACAUUUACAACAUCCUCUUCAGAAACCACAGAGUAUGCCACUGAAACAUCCACCACUAAUGGAGAUGAUACAACAACAGCACCACAAUCAACAGUGUCUAACUUUGCAUCAACUGUUCCCUCUUCAAAAGCCUUUGAAAGUUCAACUGUUACUACAGCUGCAACAUCUAUAACACCAUCCUCAAUAACCACAACGUAUGGCACUGGAACAUCCACCACUAAUGGAGUUGAUACCACAACAGCACCACAAUCAACAGUGUCUCCAUUUACAUCAACUGCUCCCUCUUCAACAUCCUUUGAAGGUUCAACUUUUAGUACAACUGCAACAUCUACAACACCAUCCUCAAUAACCACAACUUAUGCCACUGGAACAUCUACCACCAAUGGAGAUGAUACUACAACAGCACCACAAUCAACAGUGUCUACCUUUGAAUCAACUGUUCCCUCUUCAACAACCUUUGAAGGUUCAACUUUUAACACAACUGCAACAUCUACAACACAAUUUUCAAUCACUACAACUUAUGCUACUGGAACAUCUCCCACUAAUGGAGAUUAUACCUCAACAGCACCACAAUCAACAGUGUCCACAUUUGGAUCAACUGAUUUCUCUUCCACAACUGUUGAAAGUUCAACUUUUAAUACAGCUGCAACAUUUACAACACCAUCCUCAAUAACCACAACGUAUGCCACUGGAACAUCCACCAUAAAUAAAGAUGAUACAAAAACAGGAACACAAUCAACAGGGUCUCCUUUUACAUCAACUGCUCCCUUUUCAACUGCCUUUAAAAGUUCAACUGUUAGUACACCAGCAACAUCUACAACACCAUCUUCAAUCACUACAACUUAUGCCACUGGAACAUCCACCACUAACGGAGAUGAUACCUCAACAGCACCACAAUCAACACUGUCUAACUUUGCAUCAACAGCUCCUUCUUCAACCUUUCAGAGUUUAACUGUAAAUACAGCUGCAACAUCUACAACACCAACCUCAAUCAUCACAACAAAUGUGGCUGAAACAUCCACCACCAAUAGAGGUGAAACCACAACAUCCCCACAAUUAACAGUCUCUACUGUUGCUUCAACCACUUCUUCAUCUGCUUUUAAAAGCACCACGGUUAACACAGCUGGAAUAAUCACCACACCAACAACUUCAAAAACAUCAGGACCCUCAACAGCCAGAUUAAGCCACAUCACUACUGCAGUCCCACAAACAACAGCAACAACUCAUAAGUCAGUAAUUCCCCUUUCGUCUUCAACUGUCAGUGCAGCCAAAACAUCAAUAGCAACAAAAACAUCCAACACAACUAAAGCAAAUGCAACUACUACUGCAUCAGUCACAAAAUCUAGAACAACAACAUCCAACACAACUAAAGCAAAUGCAACUACUACUGCAUCAGUCACAAAAUCUAAAACAACCACAUUCACCAUAACUAAAGCAACUACAAGUACUACUGCAGCAGGAGCUCUGGUGUUGACAGAGCUGGAGUUUAGUUCAAAUGAAACAUUUACAAUUGAUCUCUCUGAUUCAAACUCUGAAGGCUUUAAGGCAAGAGUAAAGCUUCAGAGGGAAACGCUUGAACCACUCUUCAGAAGAAAGUAUCCUUCAUCCUUCAUAAGAUUGAUUGUCUUGAGCUUCAGGGCUGGGUCAAUUAUCAGUUCAAACCAACUAGCUUUCAACUACACAUCCCAACUACCAACCACUCAAGAGAUCAAAAAUGUUCUCAUUAACGCAACAGAAACAGGAGAAGUCAAUGUGCUGAAAAUAAUUCCCAACUCAAUUGCAGUCAACACUACAGUUACAGUUACAACUGCAGCAACAACUAGAACCACAACUCUUUUGGUUUCAACAACAGCAAAUAAAACCACUUCAAGUGGACCCAAGAUUGAAUUCAGUCUUCUACAAGCAAUAUUUAUCAUUAUUAUGUCAAAAAUAUUAAGACUUUACCUGUAGAUUCUUUAAUAAACCAAAUGUAAGAGUUUAGCGUGAUAUGGUCUAAUGAGUUUAAUAGCUACUUUUAUUACCUUUACACAGUAUUUACAGUUGCAGCAUACAUUAUGCAAAUAAGUCUGAUAUUGUACUUUUCCUCAAGAAUAUAAUUAAAACAAUAUGUUCAUUUAACAGCAGGCUGUUGGAAUAAUAAGGGAAAUUAUAUCUUAGAUUUGAAUGCUUUCAUUUGGAGGAGAGAAGUAGAUCUUUUUUCCUCUCUAUUGUGUAUUUUCUAAUGAAAGCUGUUAUUUAUCAACUAUACUU